AUGCAGGUGAGAGAGACUCCAUCAUGCUUUAUUUUCAGCGUUAGAUGCUUUAAAAUUGAGUUGAAUAUUGUGGUACUUUUUAUCGAGAUUGAAAGUGCUCCGGUAAAUGUGCGCGCAUGCUCAACAUGUUCGUUACGGGACGUGAAUCAUCCACUGAUAUUCAGUUUUCAUUUAAAGGCAGAAGACCAUUUCCAUGAAUAUGAUCCGCUGAGGACGGGAAAUGUCAGUCCUAGUGAUUUUAAAAAAGUUUUCACGGAUGCAUUUCAGAAUCUUCUAACUGAUGAACAAAUGGAAGAAAUUCUUAGCUUUUACCGCGAUCAUGACAAUCCUGAAGUCUGCAAUUGGUCAAAGUUCCUCCAUGAUGCUGAAACUGGAAGCAUCACUGAAGGACAGCUCUCCUUCUCAAUUACCGAACAGGAGGUGGAAUACGGCCAUGAAGAAACAGAGCAACCUUCAAAAAGGGGCGAAAGUUCAAAACAGUCACCUGGAUUUUUCAUUGAAGUUCCCGACGGUCAAGAGGAUCAGGUGGUGACCUUCAACAAGACCACCUCUCUCGUCCGCCAACGUUGGAAGCGAUUUUCCAUUUCAUACGAAGCUAUAGUCUGGGCCGUGUUUCUGCUGGUGACAACGUUGUGUAUCGUGGAUCACUUUAUAUUCAAUGGUGAUGUGGUGCUCGGAAGAAGUGGUAAACUCCCAAAACGCAUCUGGGGAACCAACAUAGGAGAAACUUUAACCAAUGUGGUGUGGGCUGUCACUGCUCGACUGAUUAUAACCUCUCAGAACUUGAUGUUCUAUACGAUGAUGUGGUGUUUGCCAAAUUUCAUCAGUGAGGUCACUCCAAACUGGAUCACUGUGGAUGGAAUCCGCGAGGUUCAUUCAAGAAUGCAUACUUUUGCUGGGAUAUUCCUGAUUGCCGUUCCGUCCCUUGCCCAUGUUCUCGUAAUAUUUGUACCACCCCUAAUUGACGGAACCGAGCUGAAAUAUUAUCCACCAAGCACCUUUAACUAUAGCACGUCUCCGGAUCACUUAAACUGGACGAAGCCCUGGGACCCAGCAGCUGUGGAAGGCUGGACUUUUAACGACCACAAAGGAGUUCAUCUAACUUCAGACGAGAUCUACCGUUUUGUGCUGAUGAUCGUUCUUUUCUGCUUCUUCUUUCCUCUCAGCAGAUCCAACUACGCCAAUCAAAGAAGCUACUCUUUGGCAAUGGCCCUGCAUAUCUUUGCCGGUAUCUGGUACGCUAUCGACAACAUUCGGAAGAUCACUCACGGACUGGCCCAUGUUACCAACCUUCCAAUACUCAUUAUCUGGUGCGUUGACAGGUUGGUCUCCAUUUACUUUUAUCGACGCCACGACGGUCACAUUGUUGAAAAAGAAGUCAUUGGUAAAGAUUACGUCAUUCUGUAUGUCAAACUCGACAAAGACGUGAAAUAUACUGUCGGCGACGUUUACUAUCUUCUGCACCAACCGAAAGGAAGCACUGGAAUAGCGCCACAACGGUCUCAUCCCUUCACCACCUUUGCUAACAUGACAAAAAAUUCAACCUGGGACAUUGGUUUCGUGAUAUCGAUUAUGGAGGACGAUAACCAGCUCUGCCUCCCUUGGACUCAUUGGCUCGCCUAUAGUACUGGAGACGUCACUUUCCGUACGUGGGGACCUUAUCGCUCAUCUGUCUCAAAGUUGUACCACCAGCUGGUGUCAAACGUGCCCUCGCCUUCUCACUACGUUCUGUUCGCAACCGGGUCUGGCUGUGGCUACGUAUUAGAUGUUCUGAGCUGUCUAGCCCACAAAACAGAAGCGCGUCUCAGAGGAAACGAAAUAGGAGAAGAGAAGAGGAUCGAUAUCUUCUACUCAGUCCGCUGUAAAGCGUUGUACCAUUUCCUUCGGAAACCUAUAGACGAACUCCUGGAAAAGAUCAGAGAGAAGAAUGUUACUUCCAUAAACUUCCGCUUUUAUGUCACCAGUCCAGAGGAAGAAACGAGCGAAGAAAAUGCAGCCGAAAGCCAGUUUCAGCUCAUUAAAGGUAGGAUAGAUUUUGAAAAAGCCCUCAAGUCUACAACUAAGAAAUCUUGCUGCUACUUUGUGGGUAGGCCAGAAAUCGCCGAAACUGUGGAGAAAAUUUGCAAGAAGAAAGGUGUAACGCUGGUGAAGGAUUUCACGAACGGCAGAGGACAUAAAAAAGAUCGACAUUUAUUGUUAAAGUACCUCAAGAUUAGUUUCUGGGCCAUUUUCUUCACAAUCGCCUUUUGUGUUGCCGCAAAUAUUGUUAUAGAUGUUAGAAGUAUCAAACAUUCUCUUAAGACGUAAAUACAACGAGGUAAUUCAAAACAAAACCUUGUUUAAAUAAUGAUUGUAGGUAUAUGAAAAUCAUAUAUGUGCAGUGCGGUGAAGAAACGAAUAUAAGAGAUCCUCGCAGCUAUAAGCACUACUGAACUGGUAGUUGAAAUAAGAUGUGAAAAAAAUUAUAGGCUCGUACGGGAUUUUAACCCAUGACCUCUGCGGUAGAGCGCUGCACCGGUAUCGCAGAGGUCAUGGGUUCAAAUCCCGCACGGGCCUGAAUUUUUUUCAGUUCUUAUUUCAACUACUAGUUCAGUAGUGUUUACAGCUGCGAAAAACCUUGUUUAUCGGAUAGACGACAGUAAUUCAGUUAUUCGAAAUAAUCUUAAGUUGGGGUAGGCAACAGAAAUAAGCUGUGCGCUCGUAAAGACUAAUCGGUUAGCUCAGUGGUGUCUAUAGCCGCGAAAAACCUUGUUUAAUGUUUAGACGACAGUAAUUUAGUUACUCGAAAUAAUCUUAAGUAAGGAGAGGCAACAGAAAUAAGCUGUGCGCUCGUAAAGACUAAUCGGCUGUGCACGCACAGAAAAAAAAUUUAGUAAACAACAUUUAUGGCCAAUAG